UUCAACAAGGCGGUUUCUCAAAACUUAAACCUUCCUCUGCCGCCAUAACUACCGCACAGCUCCCCUUCUUUGAUGGGCAUCCAUUAUCAGAAAGUAAAAGCGGAAAAGUUUGUUCCUUUUUCGGAUUUACAGUUCAUAUUUGUUGAUGGGUCGCAUGUGUGGUGGCCGGAGACUGCGCAGGUGCGCCUCCACGACAUUUCUGCUAUGCUUGGUCGCAUUCGUUCUGGGGUCGAUGGCGGUCACAGUGAUCAAGUGGAGGCGUACUUCGACUUCGUUGGCCUACUUGAGCCCUGCUGCGGGCACUUCUUGCUCUUCCUGCUCCUGUCAGUGUGCUGUAAAGCCCGGACAUCUCCCCCGUCCCUCAGACUGCAGGGAAACUGAUCCCAACAUGAAGAAAGUGUUACAGCACAGAAUUUCUUUACUAAAAGAGGAAAUAGAUCUUCGCGUAACUGUCGCCAGAGAAUCCCUCAAACGCACCGAGACAGCAAUUGAAAUGAGCAAGAAAACCUCAGCGAGAUUUCAGAAUGAGGCGGCGAAGUGUAGGAUUUGUGUGGAGACUUGCGAAGAAGUAAGAGAGAGGGCCGAAGCAGAGCUCGUCGAGGAGAGACGGCUCACAAAGCUGUGGGAGAAGCGGGCUCGCAAACACGGGUGGACCAACAACUCGAUAAUAUACGUACAGGGAUAGUGAGUGCUAACCUAUUUUUUUGGAUAGAAUUAACAAAGGUAACUUGCAAUCGAAGAAAUCAUCUGUAUAGAAGGUAAGGGACUUUCUCCUGUUGCUUCUAGUUCUAAGCUGUUGAAUCAACUUUUUGUGGUAUGACAUACACCAUAAAAGGUUACUCGUAUAAUGGCUUGCAUCGGGAAGGGACGUCCCUUAAAUGGAUGGGAGGGGGAGAGGUAUAUGGGAAUCUACAUGUAAAUACAAAUAUACAAUGGUGUUUUAUGUUCGAUA